AUGGCACAGGGGGUGCUCUCCUGGGUCGAGUACGAGCUGGCUCGGAGCGUUCCUGAGCCAGGGAAGAAGGCGAAGAAGGAUGAGAUACCACUGUCGCAGCGGGACAGGGCCCAAAUCCAACUGUCGCAAUUUGCCUCCUGCAUGAUGAACCACCUCAGCCUCUUCCAGAAGACGGCAAGUGGCAAUGGUCAGCACCCGAAGACCCCGAUCGCGACAAAGUCAUCGUCGGGUGCUAAGUCACGGAUCAGGGCACAGCUCGGCCCGCGAUGGCAGGCCAUGUGCAAGACCAAUGCCAGCACCACCUUCCUGUGGGCGAUGACUGGGAAGAAGAAGUGUGGCUGGGUACAGCUGCUCCCGCGGGGAAAGCUUUCCACUACUUGGUGUCUUGGGAGCUGGGAGGUCUUGGCCAACAACACAGAUGUCAUCGACAUGAGCUUCAGCGAUUACAGACAUCUUUGCCACUACAAGGACGGCGGUUUCGUGGUCGAGCAGAAGUACGGUUUGAGGACAGGCAAGGACGCCUAUAAGCCUGGCGUUGCCAAGACGGAAGGCUUCAUCACGAAAAACGACCAGCGAGGUCACAGUGGCGUUCCAGGCUACAAAUCAUCCGCCGGUCGAGGUUCCAAGCGGAAGGACCUCAGCGACGACGAGGCCGAAGCGAAGGCAGCCAGCUUCCUCCAAAAGGACCUCUCCUUCGAAGCCUUCUUCGGCGCCUGGUCGGACUGGAAAUCAAAGCGCGAGAGGUGCUUCUCCGAAGUGCCCUGGGCCACAGCCGCGCCCGAGGUGCCCAUGCCGGAGGAGACGAAGGCCGAAGCUGCGCUCCGCGAGGCGGAGGAAGCAGAAGAAGCUGCAGAGGCAGCUGCCCUGGAGGCCACUGCCGAGGAGGAGGAGGAGCAGGGGCUGACGGGACUUUGCAUAAUUCGACGGCAGAAACAUUUCUUUGCGCAGCAAGGGGAGCUGCACAGCGCACUGCAUCUGUUAGUGUUCUGUGCCGCUGCUUUUCUUCACCAGGAUGAUUAUCAUGAGUGUGACGUCGGUCGGUCUGCGACAGAAGAUUCCGAUUGCCGCGGUAGAUCCUCCUGGCGCGAGUCCGCUUCAGCCAUGGCACAAGAUGCGCCAGCCGCGGAAGCGCCACCGGACCGGCCCAUCGCCUCCAUGCCAGAGCUGACAUCGCAGGCGGAGUGGCCUUGGAGGAAGGUAGAGAGCACCGAAAGCGUAGAGGAGAAGGAGGCGCCUGCCGAGGUGCCGGAGGAUAAGUCCUUGAGCUUCCGCAGAGACCUGUGGGACAAGUUUGAUUUUCUCUGGAGAGAGAGGGUCGAGCCUUCGCAGGGCUUGCUGCAAAAGGUGGCAGAUCUUCUGCGAAGCCGAGCGGAGUUGGAAAGGAAGUAUGGCGAGAGUCUCCUGAGCUUUGGCGGGGAUCUCCAGGUCGAGCCAGGCAAUCCCCUCCACACCGCAGUUGAUGCGAUGAUCGUGAACUUCCGCAACCGCGGAGAGCAGUCGAUCACUUUGGCUGAUGAGUUGGAGCAAGACAUCAUCGUCUGCUUUGACACCGUCAUCAAGCAGCACAAGGAGGUGUCGAGAAAGAUCCACUCCGACGUGCAGCUUGUGACGAAAUAUGCCCAGGAGAGGCGGAAAGCGCACGACAAAUUGGCGAGAAGGUACGGGUCUCGCUGUGCGGAAGCUGAGUACUUAGCGCAGGAGCUCUGCAUGGAGCGCUUCAGCUGCCCCAAGGGGAGGGCAUGUGAUCAGAGGGUGUUGAGGCUUUCCGGCCGAGUCUAG